AUGGAUCUCUACGCGCCAAAUGAGACAUCUCUGAACCCAGAGUGCGUCGGAGCGCAGGCUGAUGCGCUUCACAACGGAGCCGGUAACGGGAGCUUGGAGACGUCAAGCAUCGCCUGCGGCAACGCGUCCACAGUCUUCAUUCCUCAGCGUGUAAGGCAAAGAGAUGAGGACCACACACUGCGGAUCCUGCUCUACUCGCUCAUCUUCUUCCUGAGUGUUUUCGGGAACCUGCUGAUCAUCGUGGUGCUUACGGUCAACAAGCGCAUGCGCACCGUGACCAACACCUUCCUGUUGUCGCUCGCCGUCAGCGACCUGAUGAUGGCCAUCUUCUGCAUGCCCUUCACCCUCAUCCCCAGCAUCCUCAAGGACUUCAUCUUCGGAGCCGCCAUGUGCAAGAUAGUGUCCUAUCUCAUGGGCAUCUCAGUGAGCAUCUCCACAUUUAGCCUGGUUGCCAUAGCAAUUGAGCGCUACAGUGCCAUCUGUAACCCUCUGAAGUCGCGGGCGUGGCAGACCCGCUCCCAUGCCUAUCGGGUGAUUGCUGCUACCUGGGUGCUGGCCUUCGUCAUCAUGAUCCCCUAUCCCAUCAUCAGUCACCUGGAGUCUUUUCAGCGUCCCGACAACAGCACGGCUCACCAGUGUCGCCACAAGUGGCCCGUCGCUACAGCAGAGCAGACCUGGUACAUUCUGCUUCUGCUUGUACUGUUUGCGAUCCCAGGGGUGGUGAUGAUUGUGGCCUAUGGACUGAUCUCCAGAGAACUUUAUCGAGGCAUCCAGUUUGAGAUGGGCCACAAAAAAGACUCCACCGAUGUGAAGAACGGCCUGACUGCCACCGUGUCUAGUGGCAGCGACGAUGGAGAUGGCUGCUAUGUUAAUGUAGUCCAGCGGCCACACUCGAUGGAGAUGUCCGCCAUGGCUACAUCGGGCAGGGCGAUCAAGGCAGAAAGACCGCGCAGCAACACGUCUGAGGCCAAGCUGGAGGCCAAGAAGCGAGUCAUUCGCAUGCUGGUGGUCAUUGUCGUCCUCUUCUUUCUCUGCUGGAUGCCACUUUACUGUGCCAACACCUGGCGGGCUUUUGAUGACGUCUCCGCCAAACAUGCCCUCUCGGGGGCACCCAUUGCUUUUAUCCAUUUGUUGUGCUACACCUCCGCCUGCGUCAACCCAAUUAUUUACUGCUUCAUGAACACACGUUUUCGCAAAGCUCUGUUUGCCACUUUCUCGUGCUGCGCCGCGCCUUGCCACCGCCGCCAUCGGCGUGGGCUACGGGACAAUGAGGAGGAUGUUAUGGCAACUGGGGCAUCCAUGUCCAAGUUCAGUUACACUACUGUCAGCACCAUGGGAACCUGCUGA